GGAUCGACUCCACAGAGAUUAGGAACAGACUGUUGCUUUUUCGGCAGAUUUUUUUUUGGGGGGAAUACAUUUAAGAGUAAUACUUGAAAUCAUUAAUGUAGUUUACCGUUAAUAUUUUACACAUGAGUGUGAGGCUUCUCUAAAACUGUCAGCAGAGGGAAAUGACAUGUCAACGGUUAAACUUAAUGCUGCAAUUCGUGCGAGGACCAAACUCGACCGUCGUUAACGUCUGCGCUGCUGUUGGACCGAAGGAGACGGAGUGAACAGCAACAGCCAACUGAAGUUUAUUACUGUUUCCUCGAUAACAAAGGGGACGCUUUUCUUCUUUUUUGUGCUACUAUUCGACGCCAUCGUACAGUUAAAAGACUCUAAAAGACUUAAAAUGCAAGACACACUCGUCCACGGUGUUUGCAUUGUAAAAGGACAUGGAGCACGAGGGAGGACCGUCUGAGUAACGGUGAUUAACUUCUAUAUUCAGGACCUUUGCUUCGUCAAACCACUGCCACCAGAUUUUAUCAACUAAAUGUAAAGGAUCGUUUGGUUCAAGCUACCAUGGAUAUCUUUCCUCGGCCAAGCGGUGAAAUCCAGAGGAGGAACCCUCAGCAUGACUUUGAGCUCAUUCAGAGGGUGGGAAGUGGCACAUAUGGAGACGUGUACAAGGCCCGAAACAUACAAACAGGGGAGCUUGCUGCUGUGAAGAUCAUAAAGUUGGAACCAGGGGAUGACUUUUCCAUCAUACAGCAGGAAAUCUUCAUGGUGAAGGAAUGCAUGCACCACAAUAUUGUGGCCUACUUUGGGAGCUACCUCUGUCGAGAGAAGCUUUGGAUAUGUAUGGAGUACUGUGGUGGAGGAUCUCUGCAGGACAUUUAUCAUGUGACGGGACCUCUCUCGGAGCUUCAGAUAGCAUAUGUCUGCAGAGAGACCAUACAGGGUUUGGGAUAUCUGCACAGCAAGGGCAAGAUGCACCGUGACAUCAAGGGCGCCAACAUACUUCUUACAGACAACGGAGAUGUGAAGUUAGCUGACUUUGGAGUUGCAGCCAAAAUAACUGCAACCAUUGCCAAAAGGAAGUCCUUCAUUGGAACACCUUACUGGAUGGCUCCAGAAGUAGCAGCAGUGGAGAAGAACGGUGGCUACAACCAGCUGUGUGAUAUCUGGGCUGUUGGCAUCACGUCCAUAGAGCUGGCUGAGCUACAGCCUCCAAUGUUUGACCUACACCCGAUGAGGGCCUUGUUUUUGAUGUCGAAGAGCAACUUUCAGCCUCCAAAGUUAAAAGACAAAAACAAAUGGUCCACCUCCUUCCAUAACUUUGUCAAAGUGUCUCUAACAAAGAACCCAAAGAAGAGGCCCACUGCAGAAAAACUUCUAUCGCAUGUGUACGUGGCCCAGACGGGUUUGACAAGGAGGCUCGCUCUUGACCUUCUAGAUAAGAUGAACAACCCAGACAACCACCAGCAUUACAGUGAGGUGGACGACGAUGACCUCGAGCCCCUCUCUGCAGUCAGACACACCAUCCGCUCCACCAACAAACAAGCCAGGGCAGAGAGGACACGCUCAGAGAUAGACUCAAACAAUGGGACAAACCAAGGAGGGCCGUGCUCAAGUCCUAGCAUCACUGAGGGACACAGGGGGGACGCAGUCGACAAGCUCCAGUUCGAACCACCACUCCGGAAGGAAACUGAGGCUCAUUCUGAAAUGGAUGUGAGUAAAGAUAAUGACUUCCGUUCCCCCUGGAGUCCCUUUGCAGAGGGAGGAAUAACAACCAGAAGCCUUCUCAAAAGCGUUGAGGACGAAUUGUUCCAACGGGGACACAUCGCCCAUCUUGAAGAUGCCUUUGAAGAAGUGGAGCUGUCAACCCUCAAGCCAGGGGUUCCUCCUCCUCUGCCCCCGAAGCCACGAUUAAACAGCUCGUCAGAGGAGCUUGGCCUUAAUGAUGAGAGGUCUCUGACGGUUCGGAGGUUCCCUAACUCCGAUAACGGACCGAGCCAGGUCGUUCGCAUACAGAGCACACCUGAGAACCUGGGCAACAAGGUGGAGCACUCGUCUCCAGAUUUCCUCUCUGUCAGCGUCAGCAGCCCCGGCCUUUUGUCUCACGCCUCUGAUCCUGCUCUCAGUAAAUCUGAAUGUAAAGAUAAUGAUUCAGAUGACAGUGUGAAUGGAGGCAGUCCCAUGGCACCACCCAACCGACAGCACCGGAAGGAGAAAAAGGAAUUCCCUAAACCAGCUAUCAACGGUCUUCCACCCACUCCUAAAGUACUGAUGGGAGCCUGUUUCUCUAAGGUGUUUGAUGGCUGUCCACUGAAGAUCAACUGUGCCACAUCAUGGAUUCAUCCAGACACCAAAGAUCAGUACCUAAUCUUUGGGACGGAGGAUGGCAUCUAUACGCUGAAUCUUAAUGAGCUGCAUGAAGCCACAAUGGAGCAGCUGUUCCCGAGGAAGUGUACAUGGCUGUACGUUAUCAACAACAACCUGAUGUCUUUAUCUGAAGGGAAAACCUUCCAGCUGUACUCCCACAAUCUCAUCGGGCUGUUUGAGCAGCUGAAGAAGCCGGGCCUGGCUGCUCAGUUCCAGACUCAUCGCUUCCCAGACAAAAUCUUACCCAGGAGGUUUGCCCUGACAAUUAAGAUCCCCGACACAAAGGGCUGUCACAAGUGCUGCAUUGUGAGAAAUCCAUAUACAGGCCACAAGUACUUGUGUGGAGCGCUGCAGUCUGGGAUUGUCCUGUUGCAGUGGUAUGAGCCCAUGCAGAGGUUUAUGCUUAUCAAGCACUUUGACUUCCCUCUUCCCAGCCCACUGAAGGUGUUUGAGAUGCUGGUGGUCCCAGAGCAGGAGUAUCCUCUGGUGUGUGUGGCCAUCAGCAAGGGCACCGAGCCAGGCCAGGUGGUCCGUUUUGAGACUAUCAACCUCAACUCCUGCUCCUCCUGGUUCACAGAGAUGGGAACAACUCAUCAGCAGGUGGAUGCAAUCCAUGUCACCCAGCUGGAGAGAGACACAGUGUUGGUGUGUUUGGACCAAAAUCUGAAGAUUGUUAAUCUCCAGGGCAGACUGAAGUCCAACAAGAAGCUGGCAUCUGAGCUCAGCUUUGACUUCUGCAUUGGAUCAGUUGUGUGCCUUCAGGACAGCGUCCUGGCCUUCUGGAAACAUGGCAUGCAGGGAAAAAGCUUCAAGUCUAAUGAGGUGACCCAGGAGAUUUGUGAUCCAAGCAGAGUCUUCCGCCUCCUCGGAUCUGACAGGGUGGUGGUUUUGCAGAGCCGACCCACAGACAACCCCACGGCCCUGAGCAACCUCUACAUUUUAGCAGGUCAUGAGAACAGUUACUGAGCCUCUCCCAGAGAAAAGUGGAUAAGAUGCCUCAGUUUUUGGGAGUAAACUUCAGACUUUCACCUAAGGUUCUGUGUCAAGGAAAACGUCUGGUUUAAAACAAUUAUUGGGAGCUUUUGUUACUGAUCACAGGAUAAACAGGUCAGUCAGUCUGGUAUUAUUUAUUUCUGUUACUUUCUAUACUUAGCUGUAUUUAUUUCUAAAUAUCCCCGUCAAUAGAGGUUAAUCUUAUCUUAAAAAGAUGAGCCUCUUGAGUCUGGAUUCAUGAGUAGCCUUACACCAGCAACAAGUUCGCUGUAGCUCCACUCAUCGCAAACGACAAGGAAACUGUUAUUGGACAGAAAGUGGAGAAACCAUAAACGCUCAAAUGAACAUUGUUACUUAGCAUUUUUCUCACUUUUCUGUACCGUGGACUGAGUAACCAACACGUUAUUUAGAGGUAUUAUUGACAAAAGUGCCAUUAAAUUUCACAAUAAUUUGUGAUUUGUAUUAGCAAAACAAUUGGAGAGUUAUUGUGUUAUUGUCUGUAACAUGUCACUCAUAAUCACUGCCAGUGGCAGACGUUUGUAGGCUUGAGAGAAGAUUUUACAAGCUCUGUAGUAAAACUAAUAGCUCAGUUUUAGCAGAAACCCAUGAGCAUUGUGGGUUAUUUAAGCAAUAUUUAUUAACCUCAUGUUAAGUAAUAGGGUAUGUUUGAUUUACAGACCGUGUUAACAGCCAGUGACAGUGCAGUCCUGCUGUGUGAGGAUUAACUACCCAGUGAACAGUUCCUGAGCUGCUUUGGCUUAUUUUUACUGCUAUGUAAUAUAGUCUCAUCUCUCCUGCUCUGCCGCAUUUUUAGAAGUUGGAUAUAAUGUAAAUUUUUUUCUUUACCUUCCUCUUUUAUAGACCUUUUACUUCUCAUUAUUUGCACCAUGUAAGCACUUUUGUACAUUUUUUUAUUUAAAAUAAAAUGACAAAAUGAGGGACAA